ACUUUAAUCUUCCUGAUCUGUUUUUCUGUUCUCUCUUAUGGUCAUAAACCUAUAUAAGGUCCAAAGUUUGUUUGGGAUACUUCAGUGUGACGUCAUGAGGAGUGAAUUGGCCUGGAGUCAACCGGUCUUUAUCCUGUUGUGGGACUGUCAUGAAGAAAAUACAGUACAUGCUACUUAUUUCUGCCUUGGACUGCUAAAAUCAAGUCUUAUGAUGAAUAAGCUCACUUUGAUUUUGAAAUGGCCUGGAAAUAUGCUGUGUGACCCGACCGAGGCUUUGCGGAGCUGGAAACAGGCCAGUCUGUCCAUCUGGGGAUGGGGGGGUCUCGGAGUCGUCCUCUUCCUCAUCACAUUUGGACCCUUUGCUAUCUUUUAUCUGGCUUUCUACAUCCUCUGUUUCAUUGUCGGGGGUUUUGUAGUGCUGCUUUUAUUUGGAAAGAUAAACUCAGAGAAACACCUGGAAAGGUGUGAACACUCCUACCUGCCAUCAACACAGAUGGCCAUACUGAAGGUUUCGGAGGAGAUGAAGUCAGAGUCCAAGCCCAUAAAGAUCGAUCGUCGUCUGACAGGAUCCAGUAUCAUAGAUGAUCCACUGCAGCAGGUCAUCCAGUUCGCCCUGAGGGACUAUAUCCAGUAUUGGUAUUACACUCUGAGUGAUGAUGAAACGUUCCUCUUGGAGAUCCGUCAGACGGUCCAGAACGCACUCGUCGAGUUCUCCACCAGGUCUAAAGAGGUGGACUGGCAGCCGUACUUCACCACCAGACUGGUGGAUGACUUUGCCACUCAUCUGCGUGUUUUCAGGAAAGCUCAGGAGAGGCUGAACGAGAGAGACGAUCCAAAACAACGUGACGCUCCGGACGAGUUGCUGGACUCGUUUUUUGAGGCGGAGGUGGAAAUGGAGAGGAAGAUUUGCAGAGAUGUGGUGUGCACGUCACGCAAGGAUGAAGAAGGUUACCUGCGGGAUCUCUGUGAAGUGCUGCUGUAUCUGUUACUACCUCCUGGAGAUUUCCACAACAAGAAUAUGAGAUACUUCCUCAGGGAAGUUUUGGCCAGAGGAGUUCUGCUGCCCUUAAUUAACCAGCUGAGUGACCCUGAUUACAUCAACCAGUUCAUCAUCUGGAUGAUUCAUGACUCCAGCUGUAACUACGAGGCCUUCUUGAACAUCUUAAAGCUGACAGACAAAGCAGCCGAGCUGGAGGCCGUCAAAGACAAAGUCCUGGAGGAGCUUCAGUACCUGCGAUCUCUGGACACGGGAGGAGACGAUAUCAACUUCAUAAAGAAUCAAAUCAAUAGUUUGCUCUUUGUGAAGAAGGUCUGUGAAACACGGAUACAACGGCUGCAAUCAGGGAAGGAAGUUGACACAUUGAAACUCGCAGCUAAUUUUGGGAAGCUGUGUGUGAUUCCAUUGGAGCAUAUAUUAGUGCACAACAUCGCGCUGCAGUUCUUCAUGGACUACAUGCAGCCCAUGGGCGGUCAGGCGAUCCUGUUCUUCUGGCUGACGGUGGAGGGCUAUCGGGUCACAGCCCAGCAGCAGCUGGAGGUCUUACAGAGCAGCCAGAGAGACGGGAAGAAGCAGAGCAGCCAGACCACCAAAGGCCUGCUGAGAGCCGCCGCGCUCGGCGUCUACGACCAGUACCUGUCCGAGAAGGCCUCUCCGAGGGUGGAGGUGGACGAAGCGUCUGUAACCAGACUGGCUCAGAAACUCAACAAAGAGGAUCCCACACCCGAGAUAUUUGAUGAAAUCCAGAAAAAGGUGUAUGAUAUGAUGUUGCGUGACGAGAGGUUUUACCCGUCGUUUAAGCAGCACCCGCUGUACGUGCGGAUGCUGGCCGAGCUGGACAUGCUGAAAGAGCCCAGUUACAUGGGGUCAGACCACGGGGACGGAGAGUCGUUCAACGGGUCCCCAACAGGAAGCAUUAAUUUAUCAUUAGAUGAUCUCAGCAGCGGGAGCGUGGAUGAGUCUGCUCAGCUUCAUGCCUUUAUCUCUGAUACGGCUGAUGCUUUUCUAAACCUACUUCCUGUGGCAGGCGUGUGUAACGAUCACGGGAAGACGUACGCUCUCUACACCCUCACCGUCAUACGCAAGAACUCGGACGGCAGCGAGGACAUCUGGAAGACGUACCGGCGCUACAGCGAUUUCCACGACUUCCACAUGCGCAUCACAGAGCAGUUUGAGAGCCUUGCUCCGAUUCUCAAGCUUCCUGGAAAAAAGACCUUUAACAACAUGGACAGGGAGUUUCUGGAGAAGAGGAAGAAGGACCUGAACGCUUAUUUGCAGCUUCUGUUGAACCCUGAGAUGGUGAAGGCCUGUCCCAUGCUGCUCCCCUACAUCUAUGACUUCCUGGAGAACAAAGCCUACAGCAAGGGCAAAGGAGACUUCGCACGCAAGAUGGACACGUUUGUGAAUCCUCUCCGGAGCUCCAUGAGGAACGUGUCCAAUGCCGUGAAGUCACUGCCGGACAGCCUGGCCGAGGGAGUGUCCAAAGUCUCGGCGGACAUGGGCCGUAUGUCCGAGAAACUUGGCCAGGAUAUUAAACAGUCCAUAUUUAAGGUGCCUCCUUUAAUCGCAAAGUCUGACAUCGAUCCCGAACACUGCCGCGUCUCGGCCCAGCUGGACGACAAUGUGGAUGAUAAUAUCCCACUGAGGGUGAUGUUGCUGCUGAUGGACGAGGUGUUUGAUCUGAAGGAGAGAAAUCAGUGGCUGCGCAGAAACAUCAAAAACCUCCUGCAGCAGCUCAUCAAAGCCACGUACGGAGACACCAUUAACAGGAAAAUAGUGGAUCAUGUCGACUACAUGACCUCGCCUGAGCAAGUGUCUGAUUAUGUGAAGAGGUUCAGAGACUCUUACUGGCCAAACGGGAUCCUCGCCGAGACGCCGCCCCGCAGAGACAAAAGCUUACGCAUGAGGACGCGAGUCGCCGCUAAGACCACACUCCUGGGCAUCAUGCCAGAUGAGUUGAAGCACAUCAUCGGGGCAGAAACCACACGCAAGGGCAUCCUGCGCGUCUUUGACAUGUUCCAGCACCAACCGCUGAACCGCCGGCUGGCCUGCGUCUUUCUGGAGGGCUUCCUGGAGACCUUGUUUCCUCAGAACAGGUUCCCCGAGCUGUUCGUGAAGCUCCACUCGCGCUCGCCACGCGUGCUCAGAUAUUCACAGAAAUUGCGCAGCUUGCACAAGAGGUGACAGACGGACGCUUCUCCUGCCGAUGCAGAGGGGGAGGAGCCAGCGACCACCCGCCACAACAGAGUCGCCCCGACGGUGACAUCAUCCCGGCGGGAAACGCUGGAACACGCUCCUCCCUCUUAGUGCCUCGUGGCCGUCCUCGAUUCAAGCACUGUAUUGACACGGCCGUAGGAGAGAGGAUUCAUCUCAUCAUCGUGAACCACUACGAAAGACUGCAGCGCCCCGAGACAUCGCUCUUUCUGUUUGACGUGCAUUUCUGAUCUGAUGUUCUGAAUGACACUGUGUAGAUAUAUAUAUAUAUAUAUAUAUACACGAUUUGUUUGGUAUAUUUUGGGUUUGUUUUGUAUUUGGCAUUGGUCGCCUCAUCGUCAAUAUUGUAUGGUGAGGGAAAUCCGACCGAAGCAACCUAUGCACCUUAACACUCAUUACAAGCAGAACCAUAUGAGGAGGGUCGGGAGCGAUGUUUGAUCAUCGUUUUGUGGCACUGAAACUGAAAUAGGCGUAAAGUUAUCCUGCCAACCAGUCGGUUGCAUGAAGUGGGUGGAGUUUGAAACAGACCACACCCCUCUGUCUUUUGCUUAAUUGUAAUACUUAAGCUAAUCUAAGGAAUAGUUAAUGCAAAAAUGAACAUUUGCUGAAGAUGUGUUGUUCACUCUCAGGUCAUCCGAGAUGAGAUGGUUUCUUCUUAAGGUUUGAAGAAAUGUAGCAUCGCAUCACUUGCUCAGCAAUGGAUCCGAAUGGGUGCCGUCAGAAUGAGAGUCCUAACAGCUGAUUAAAAACAUCACAAUAAUGCACAGCACUCCAGUCCAUCAGUUAACAUUUUGUUAGUUUUUUCCUUGAGUUUUUAACUUGAAAUAUUAGUCCAUAAUCCAUAAUAACGCUUCCUCCAGUGAAAUAUUAGUGUUUUAGUCUGAAGUAAUGGUUUGAAGUUAAAAACGUCUUAAUGAUAGAUUUGUUACAUGUAAACAUGCAGCUUUUCUCUUCUUAAGACAUUAACUGAUGGACUGGAUUACUUGUGGAUUAUCGUGAUGUUUUUAUCAGCUGUUUGGACUCUCAUUCUGACGGCACCCAUUCACUGCUGAGCAUCCAUUGAUGAGAAACUGAUGCAAUGCUACAUUUCUCCAAACCUGAUGAAGAAACAAACUCAUAGACGGCCUGAGGAUGAGUGCAUUUUCAGCAAAUUUUCAUUUUUGGUUGAACUAUUCCUUUUAUUGAUUAUCUAAAGCCGUCAAACAUAUCAAAGCGGACAGAGAUGGUGGAAUUCAAGCGUGUGUUUGCAUGACCGUCUCGGACGGCUACGUGGAGCUCGUCACAUACGGAGAUAUGCUGUAACGAAUGUGCGUGUCGAUGUUGGUGUGUGUCCUGUUUUUAUAACUCAAUCCAGUGGAGGGUCGCGUUCUUGUGUUUUUUUUUUCUUUCUUUUUUUUUUUUUUUUAAGUACUUUAUUUUAGAAUAGCAAGUGUAGCACUAAACUGUGACUGUCUGAUGCCGAAGACAGUUUCAGCGAGAGGUAUAGAUUCAGCCUUAAACACAAGACUAAGAGACGUGUGUUUAGACGUAGCUUUCACACGGAUGUGUCCUCGUACGCACACACUCUAAGGAGACAUCGACUGUCCGAAUCCUAUUUUCAGUUAGAAAAAAUCUCAUUUGUUUUUGUGCAAUAUGUUUCUUUAAUGCAUGUUAUAUAAUAAUCGUACAUGGGAUAGUUUUCAAGUAUAUUCGAGAGAAGAAUUUCAGAAGCCAAUCCAAAACCACCGAAACAUUCCGUAACUUAUUUUAAAGGACUUGUUUUAUAAGUCUGGCUUUUUAAUGCUUGUGUUGGGGAUGUUUGUUGUCGUCGUUGUUGUUUUUAAUGUUUCAUAACUCCUGCCGCUUUCUUGGAUGGAUGGGUUUAGGUGCGUUUUGCUUUUAGGAAACGAGUGAAAGCACAUUAUAGGUGAACGGAUGAUCAACACAUGCAAAGACACAAAAGAUGCUGCCGAGGUCAGAGGUCAUCUGGCGUUUGGGCACAUAGAUCGUAAACACUGUUAGACACACUCCACUCUCCACGCUUUACAAGAACAUGCACGGGUCAUAUUUCACCCCAAAGUUGAUUUUGUUUUGUUUUGCAUUGUGACAUGCUUUUUAAAAAAUGAUUAAGAACAUUUUUAUUGAAUACUGUAAUAUAAAAAAAAUCUUAAAUAUAUAUUACAACUUAAAUACAUUUAUAUAUAUUAAAAAAAUCAUUUUAGAAAUGAACAAUAAUAAAUAAUAAAAAUGUAUUUUAUGAUUAUAUUUUUAUGUAUAUUAUGCAUAAAAAUAAUGUUAUUUAAAUUAUUACAAAUAAUUAAAUAAUUAUGAUGUAAACUGAAAUACAAAAAAAUUAUGUUUAUGUAAUAAUGAGUUUCUUUUAUUUUAGUAAUGAGAAUCGGGUAGAAAAAUCAUGGGAAAGAAAGUGUUUUCAUUUCAUUGUCUAUGCAAACAUAUCAUUUAUUUAUUUUAAUUUUGGAGCAAAAUAUGACCUGCAAAUGUUCUUUGGUCUCAGGUUUGAUGAGAUUGAUUGUUGAGGCCUGG